AUGAGGCUCCUGCUGGCCGCGUCGCUGCUCGUCCUGGUCGCGGGCGAGACGCUGGAGUGGUUCCAGUACAAAGUGGCUCCGCUGGCCGAAGAAUGCAAGGAGGAGACGUCAGCUACGGAAGACGACAUCCGCAAAGUGUUGGAGCGCCAGGAUCCCGACACGAGGGCGUCCCAGUGCCUGCUGGCGUGCGUGUACCGCCGCCUGGGCGGCAUGACGCGCUCGGGCCUCGCCUCCAGCGACGAGCUGCGAGACAGCCUGCUGGAGCUGUACCGCGACAGCGCCUACAAGCAGGGCCAGGUCGGCCUCAUCGUGGACCGGUGCAGCCCCGCGGUGGAACAACAGCCUGACGUUUGCCUGAAAGCCCGCAAGCUGUUUGAGUGCAUCAGGGAAAAUGUGUACUAACAAGCUUACAUGUUAGCACUACUGCUUAUGAAGCAUUGUAUUGCACUGCCUCAGGCAUUUUAUAUUUCACCGUAGGUUCUCAGAGGCAAAAGCACUUUUAAAAUUAUUACUUAUUUACUAAAAGCCAAUUGGUCACUAGUUGAAUGUCCAAGGCACCUGUAAAACCUCAAAUAACGCAUAGAAAGCAACAUUUUAAAUGUUGAUAUCAAUUAAUAAAUUCAAAUGCAACG